AUGUCGGGACAAAUAAGGGUCAAUUCGGCGAGCGUACUCAUUAUUCUGGCACCACUUACAGCCAUUUGGCAAAACUGUAUGUCUACUUUUUUCUUGAUAUCUGUACCAAUAUUGAGCAGGACCCUGUACCAUUGCGCGGUGAAACUAAGCAAAGCUCCAUCAUCUUACUGGUUAACUACUGUUGCAAGAUUCGACUGUGAGAAAGGUGUACUUGAACGAACAUUGGAAAAUUUACUGUCAGCGAUUACAGUAGGCGUUUUAUUGGUAGUUGAUGUAGUAGGUGUUGUUCUGGCAGUCACAGGAGUAGUUGUACUGGGCGUCGUUGCGUUAGUCAUAUUAGCAGGCGUUGUUGCGGUAAAUGCUAUAGCAGACGUUGUUGUGGCAGUUGCUGCAGUAAGCGUUUUUCUAGUAAUCGUAGAAGCAGCUGUACUGGACGUCGCUGCGGCAGUCGUUUUAACAGCCGUAGCAGGCAUUGUUGUGGUAACUUCUGUAGAAGACUUUGUUGUGGUAUUUGCUGCAGUAGACGUAUUGGUAGUUGAUGUAGUAGGUGUUGUUCCGGUAGUUGCUGUAGUAUGUGUUAUAGUAGAUGAUGUAUUAGGCGUUGUUUGGGUGGUCAUAGAAGUUGUUGUGGUAAGUGGAGAAUUUGUAGUUUCCUGGUUCUCUUCGCCGUUACGGGAUUUUGCGAUGAUAGGUGGGCAUGUCGUAACUAUAGGUUCAGAUGUUGUUGGGCUAGACGCAGACAUUAUGAUAAGUGGCGGUGAUAUUGCAUCUGUCAUUUCCUGGAUCCUCAGUACCUCUUGCUCGUUGUUUUUCCGUAAUGGUGUGCGUAGAAAGGCAAAAAUCGAUGCAUCGAUACAGCAGGGUAUUAGAACCGCUCCUGAAGAAUGUGAUAUACUUUAA